GUGUCUCCUGUCGGAUUUGGCUUUGAAUAGCAAUCGAUUUUAUACAAUUAAGAGCCAAUGUCAUAAGUAACAUACGGGUUGGGAAGAGCAUAAGAUACCUCUUAAUAGUUAAAUCAAGCGCAACCACUGCAACUCCCCUUGUGCAUGAGGCAAUUGAGCAACAUCGGGGUCUACGUUCCGCAGUUCCUAAAAUGGAACGAGCUGUACCACGAAAGUGAUCUCGCGUGUUUAAUAUCUCGCUAUGUUCGACUCUUCAUGUGUGUUUUUUACCACUUCUGAAUGGCAAAGACAAAAAGUAGAAAUAUAUCCAGUUAAUAUCGGUUCAACGAACAACGAUGUCCAUCGGGUAAUAGACCGUCGCGUUUAACGAUGGCGUUCCGGCCGCUUAAGACAACGAUCUCUCGUCGGCGGGCCGCCGCGCUACUCCUUUCCUCCUGUUCCCUUGGCCUCCUGGUACUUUUCCUCCUGGACCGUCGCGCUCUACCAAUCCCCAACCGGGACAUCCCAACGUCGGGCUUUCCGCAGGAUCAUCACCCCACCCUUACGCCGGCGCAACUCUAUACCAACAACAAGGACCAAGACCCUCUCGCCACCAGCACCGAUCUCUCCGACCCGCGCGCGCCCUUCACCCCCUGGCCCCUCCGGCGCCUCUGCGCCGAGACCCCCACGUACGUCCCGGGCCUAACCUUCGUCUGCGACAACAACAGCGGCGGCCCGGGCAACAUCCGCAACUACCUGCUGACCUGCCUCCGGUACGCCCUGGAGGCCGGCGCCUCCGCCCUCGUGCUCCCGCGCAUCCAGACCCGCGCCCCGGGGAACCCGGCCAACCUGUUCGGCGGCGCGUACCGCGAAUUCGCCUACAUGUUCGACGAGCCGCAUUUCCGCCGCGCGAUGGCCGACGCCUGCCCCCGCGUCGCCGUGUACCCCUCCCUCGACGAGGUCCCCGGCGCGCGCGCCCAAGCGUCGCGGGAGGAUAGGAAAGACGUCGAGCAGAUCGUCGAGCGCGUCACGCCCAAGAACUUCGGGGGGAGUCGCGCCGGGUGCGACCAGCGGGACCCGAACCGGCAUGUGGACCGGUUCGGGGGGGCGUUUAGGGAGUGGUUGCGGAGCACGGCGUUCGAGCGCGAGCGCGCGCGGGAGAUAUCGUCGUCGGCGUCCGGCAACGGCGUCGACAACAACAACCUGCGGCUAAUACGGUUCUCGUGGGGCGUGUUGUGGGACUGGCCGGUGUACCGCGACGGGCCCGAGUUCGCAGCGACGUUCGGCGGGCUUCUCCGGAUCCGGGAGGACAUCCAGGAGGUAGCGGACGCGCUCGUCGCGUCGAUGAGAGCGCUCGCGGGUUCGACGCGGGGCACGGAGACGGCAGCCGGCCGGUCGUUCCUCGGGGUGCACCUGCGCACGGAAGCGGACGCGCUGUCGCGGUGGCCGACGUACGAGAACCAGACCGGGGGCUACCUGCGCGAGGCCGCGAGGCGGGGGUACCGGGGGCGGGUCGCGUACAUCGCGUCGGGGAACGAGACCGAGACGCGGAAGUUCGCCGCGGAGGCUAAGGCGAGUUUACAGCUGGAUGUUAGGUCCAAGUACGACUUACUACUACUAAACAAACAAAACGAAAAGCUGGAGAGGAAGCUGAGGUCGUUCAGCUGGGACCAGCAGGCGCUGGUGGAUUUCGUGGUUCUGCUGCGCUGCGACUAUUUCGUAGGGGUAAGCCCGAGCAGUUUUAGCAUUAAUGUGGCGCUGAAGAGACAUUUGCGGGAAGAGGGUCUAUAUACGCGGCCAUGGAAAGUUGGAGGUCAAGGUGAUGGAAGAAGCUGGCUCGUAGGACGCUAUGAUCGUUAUUGGGAAGAUUGGCUCUUCAUGUUCGAUGGUAUGUGGCCUUAAUCCAUAAAGGCGAAAGCUGUAUAAUAGUAUAUCCAUGUCUAAAUUAAAAUGGCAUAAAACCGGGUUAGU